AUGGAGACGCUGAACGUAGCCAUGAGCAAGGUCAAGCAGGAGGAGUGGGACGACAAGGCGCAGCAGACGGUGCAGACGGGGCUGGAACAGCGAGCGAGGCGCUUAUAA